CCGGGGGCUGUAGGGUCGCGGGGCCGUGCUCAGUCCCUCGCGAGCUGGGGUCCCUUCCUACAGCCUUCCCUCCCCCUCCCCGCCGCCCCCUCCCCUCCGGGGCUCCUGGGAGCGCCUCCGCGGCUCCGGGGAGGGGACGUUUCCUAAUCUCAGGCCGGGGUUAAAGUUCUGGUCCGGGUGAGAUGCUGGAAGCUGCGGCCGCAGCCGCAACCCGUCCUGAAGGUGUCCUGUCGCCUGUCUCCGCCGCCACCACCACCACUGCUACCGCUACCGCUGCCACUGCCGCCCUGCUGGGGCCAUGUUCGCUCUGGGCUUGCCCUUCUUGGUGCUCUGGGUGGCCUCGGUCGAGAGCCAUCUGGGGGUUUUGGGGCCCAAGAACGUCUCGCAGAAAGACGCAGAGUUUGAGCGCACCUACGUGGAUGAAGUCAACAGCGAGCUGGUCAACAUCUACACCUUCAACCAUACUGUGACUCGCAACCGGACCGAAGGCGUGCGUGUGUCCGUGAACGUCCUGAACAAGCAGAAGGGGGCGCCUUUGCUGUUUGUGGUCCGCCAGAAGGAGGCUGUGGUGUCCUUCCAGGUGCCCCUAAUCCUGCGAGGGCUGUAUCAGCGCAAAUAUCUCUACCAAAAGGUGGAACGAACACUAUGUCAGCCCCCUACAAAGAAUGAGUCUGAGGUCCAGUUCUUCUACGUGGAUGUGUCCACCCUCUCACCAGUCAACACCACAUAUCAGCUCCGGGUCAGCCGAAUGGAUGACUUUGUGCUCAGGACUGGGGAACAAUUUACCUUCAAUACCACUGCAGCCCAACCCCAGUACUUCAAGUAUGAGUUCCCUGAGGGAGUAGACUCUGUGAUUGUCAAGGUGACGUCCAACAAGGCCUUCCCCUGCUCAGUCAUCUCCAUCCAGGAUGUCCUGUGCCCUGUGUAUGACCUGGACAACAAUGUCGCCUUCAUCGGCAUGUACCAGACUAUGACCAAGAAAGCAGCCAUCACUGUGCAGCGCAAAGACUUCCCCAGCAACAGCUUUUACGUGGUAGUAGUGGUGAAGACUGAAGACCAGGCCUGUGGGGGUUCCUUGCCUUUCUACCCCUUUGUAGAAGAUGAGCCAGUUGAUCAAGGGCACCGCCAGAAAACCCUGUCAGUGCUGGUAUCUCAAGCAGUCACAUCCGAGGCCUAUGUUGGUGGGAUGCUCUUCUGUCUGGGCAUAUUUCUCUCAUUUUACCUAUUGACCGUCCUCCUGGCCUGUUGGGAGAACUGGAGGCAGAAGAAGAAGACUCUGUUGGUGGCCAUAGACCGAGUCUGCCCAGAAAGUGCUUCUCUCCUUGGGCACCCUCGAGUCCUGGCUGAUUCCUUUCCUGGCAGCUCCUCCUAUGAGGGUUACAACUAUGGCUCCUUUGAAAAUGGUUCCGGAUCUACUGAUGGUUUGGUUGACAGUGCCGGUACUGGGGACCUCUCUUAUGGUUACCAGGGGCACGACCAGUUCAAGCGGCGCCUCCCCUCUGGCCAGAUGCGGCAGCUGUGCAUUGCCAUGGACCGCCCCUUUGAUCCAGUGGGCCCUCGACCACGACUGGACUCCAUGAGUUCCGUGGAGGAGGAUGACUAUGACACACUGACAGACAUCGAUUCAGACAAGAAUGUCAUUCGCACCAAGCAAUACCUCUAUGUGGCUGACUUGGCACGGAAGGACAAGCGUGUUCUUCGAAAGAAGUACCAGAUCUACUUCUGGAAUAUCGCCACCAUUGCUGUCUUCUACGCCCUUCCUGUGGUGCAGCUGGUGAUCACCUACCAGACGGUGGUGAAUGUCACCGGGAAUCAGGACAUCUGCUACUACAACUUCCUAUGUGCCCACCCACUGGGAAACCUCAGCGCCUUCAACAACAUCCUCAGCAACCUGGGGUACAUCCUGCUGGGGCUGCUCUUCCUGCUCAUCAUCCUGCAGCGGGAGAUCAACCACAACAGGGCCCUGCUGCGCAAUGACCUCUAUGCCCUGGAAUGUGGGAUCCCCAAACACUUUGGUCUGUUCUAUGCCAUGGGUACUGCUCUGAUGAUGGAGGGGCUGCUGAGUGCUUGCUAUCACGUCUGCCCCAACUACACCAAUUUCCAGUUUGAUACGUCAUUCAUGUACAUGAUUGCUGGGCUCUGCAUGCUGAAGCUCUAUCAGAAGCGGCACCCAGACAUCAACGCCAGCGCCUACAGCGCCUACGCCUGCUUGGCCAUUGUCAUCUUCUUCUCCGUGUUGGGCGUGGUCUUUGGCAAAGGGAACACGGUGUUCUGGAUUGUCUUUUCUGUCAUUCACAUCAUCGCCACCCUGCUCCUCAGCACACAGCUCUAUUACAUGGGUCGCUGGAAGCUGGACUCGGGGAUCUUCCGCCGCAUCCUCCACGUGCUCUACACGGACUGCAUCCGGCAGUGCAGCGGGCCCCUCUAUGUGUCCCCGUGUCUCUGCUUCCCCCCAGGACCGCAUGGUGCUGCUGGUCAUGGGCAACAUUAUCAACUGGUCGCUGUGAGUGUGGCCAUUGGCUGUGGUAGCCUGGCUUGGCAGACAGCUGGGGAUGUGGCCAGCCACUGGCUGCCUCAGGGGCUGUGGACAACUUAUAAACCUUGGGCACCAGAAAUUGGGGCUGAGGAGAGAGGUGUUGGUCCCUGGGUUUUCAGAAUCUUCUGUGAGCUUCUGAACCAAGUCCAACAUCAUGGUCAAGCAUGGUGGGUGGGGGCAAAGGAGAGCCUUCUGCUCUCUGCUCUCCCCUCUUCACUAGCCUCUCACCCUCUUCCCAGGGCUGCCUAUGGGCUCAUCAUGCGCCCCAAUGAUUUUGCCUCCUAUUUAUUGGCCAUCGGUAUCUGCAACCUGCUGCUUUACUUUGCCUUCUACAUUAUUAUGAAGCUCCGGAGCGGAGAGAAGAUCAAGCUCAUCCCCCUGCUCUGCAUCAUCUGUACCUCUGUGGUCUGGGGCUUUGCACUCUUCUUCUUCUUCCAGGGACUCAGCACCUGGCAGAAAACCCCUGCAGAGUCAAGGGAGCACAACCGGGACUGCAUCCUCCUCGACUUCUUUGAUGACCAUGACAUCUGGCACUUCUUGUCCUCCAUUGCCAUGUUUGGGUCCUUCCUGGUGUUGCUGACACUGGAUGACGACCUGGAUACUGUGCAACGGGACAAGAUCUAUGUCUUCUAGCAGGAGCCAGACCCUUCGCUUCACCUCAUGGGGCUCUGAGCUCCUCUGUCACCUGCCAGGUGCUUCUGUAGCUCUGGAGGUGUGAGUCCCAGGCCUGCUGCCCAGCACUGUGUGGCAGCGGGACAGCAAGGUCUAGUCCAGACCUAACUUGGGACAGUCACAGGGUGGCAUGGGCCUCACAGCUGCCCUCUGCAAGGGAGGAGGCCUGCUCCCUGAUACCCCAGACAUUGGCCAAACUGCUGCUUUCUUCUCAGUGUUGGGGCUUUCUGUGGUCCCAUCCCUUGGCUGUUUGUCCCUCUUCAGGAGGAAGGAGAGAAGGCAAUACCCUCCCCAUUUCAUGCCUUCCAUUCUGCCCAUCCUUCUCCUCCCCCUCAGCCUGGGACCCAAAGCCCUUUCUUCCUCCCAUGCUCCUGCUCCAGGGCCUGGACUGGGGCCUGAUUCUCUGCCCUGACCCAUGAUCACAGUUCUCUGGGGCUGUUCCUGGCUGCCAUCACUGCCCAGGAUGGAUAUGGCUGUGGGAUUUCAGGAGUUGGCUGGUUGGUGCCAGGCUUUUGGUGCUAAGGCCUGCAAGGGGCCCAGGGCAGGACGCUCCUCCCUCAACGUGCACUCGGGCUGACUCUUUAGCAAUGAGAGCUCAAUUUGAGAGCUGCCUCUUGUCUGAAGGGCUGGAUUCAGAUGUUACCCUCUCAUCCCAUGAGUGCUCAGACUGAUGCCAGCACCAGGAUUGGAAGGAAAAAUAACUCACCCGUCCGUCCCUUCCUGUAUUUCUAUUCCCUCGGUCCUGCCAAGCCCCAGCUGGGGUCUUUCAGUGCCAUUGACACUGCCCAAGAAUGUCCAGGGGCAAUGAAGGGAUGGUGCAGAGCCCAGCCUUCACCAUGGCCACAAGAGUCCCAGUGCCUACUUUAGAAAGAAAGGGACAUGCCAUUGUCCUUUAUGUCCCCAGGCUCAGCCUCACUCUAGGACCCAGGGCUGGCUUCUGAGUUUCCGUCCAGGCUCCAGCCAAGUUCUUUGUUGGUUACACACACACACACACACACACACACACACACACCUUGGAGUUUACAUGGAGAUGCCCCCAGCUCUGGGCCUCCUGGCCACUCCAGUCCUUGGCUUCCCUUCACCUCACCUGGGUCCAUUCCAGAUGCCAAGGACAGGGGCCAUCAGGUCAGGCCUCUGCCUCGGGGGUGGGAAUGUGCAUUAUUCUCCCCAAGUUGUUUUUAUAGCUCUGCUUGGGCUGGGGAGAGGAGAUGGGUCUGGGUCUUUUGUUUCAGAGCCCUGGUUUGUCUUUCCAUGCUACGGUUGUGUUUGUGUUUUCUAUGAAUGAAUGCAUUCAAUAAAGAGACAACCAGAUGCA